CUCUACUAUUAUGGUGAUUAUAUAUUUAGUGAAUUGCUUGAAACUAAUGCUUUGGUUCUGAUGUGUUUACUAUGGUAUUUGAAUGGAAUUGCAAAUAAGUAUCUUCAAUGAACUCUUUCAAGGUGCAGAGCGUUUCGGUAUUAUACGUUAAUUACCUGACAGAUGGUAUAUUUGCCAUCGCGAAGAUUUAGAAAAGACCUGCAUUCAAAUACACUAAGAAUUAUGUCAAAACACCAUUCUGAUUUAAUUUUAUGUCGUCGACAACCUGGAAUCACUGUAGGAAAGCUUUGUGAGCGUUGUGAUGAUAAAUGCCCAAUUUGCGACUCACAUGUCCGACCAACCACGCUAGUCCGUAUUUGCGACGAGUGCGCCUUUGGUAGUGCUCAAGAUCGUUGCAUUAUAUGUGGUGCACCCGGUGUCUCUGAUUGCUAUUAUUGUGCUGAAUGUACGCGCAUGGAGUACGAUCGUGAUGGAUGUCCAAGGGUAAUUAAUCUUGGUACCAGUCGGACGGAUUGGUUUUAUGAAAGGAAAAAAUACAAAAUGGCAGGUAAAGAAAUGCCGGGGCCGAUGUACUGAUACAUCAUUCAAUUCACAUUCUUUUUUACGCUUUUGCAAACUAGACUGUUGCAUAAUUUACAUGAAAGAUCUUAUUUACAAGAAAUUUUUGGGUUUAUAUUUUAUAGGUGAUAUCUAAUUGAAUAAAUAUGUGUUUCAAUGAGCAAAACCAUCAGAUAUAAGCGUAUCAGUCUCCGUGUGCCUUUUCUCAUAAACUUUGCUCAUUAGCAUUAUCAUAAAAACAACUGACUAAGCAAA